UACUAAAUGGGUUUCCCCGCCCUCCCUACCAGACUCAGCAGCUGAUAGGUCAGCAGGUGACCUGUCUCCCCACAUCUCCCCCCCACCCAAUGAACAAGAAGGUGAGACACGUAGCAUGUCAGUUAGCAUUAUUGAAGGGGGUCUGUGGGAAUCUCUUGUUUCUCUCUCUAUCUGUUCUAUUACUAAACAACACAGUUCACACAGUUUAACAAUCUGUUCCUGUGGCUGAUUAUUGGCUGAUGGUGUAGUUAACCAGGGUGUUUCCUGUAAAGUGAGAAAGUUCCUGGAACAUAGACAAAUACCGUUCUGCCAACACCUUAUCAGCAACGUCUCAUGAUCCAAAGGCACGCAGGGACUGGAGGACAGUAUAAAACCCAGCUCUGAGACAUCGGGCGGGACAGAUUUCCCUCCGCUCGCCUGACCUCAGAAACCUGACAAUGAAGCUGGUGUUGGUCGUCGUCGUCCUCCUGGCUCCUCAGCUGAUCAGCGCCCAGCUAGUCCUGCCGGUCGACUGUAGUGACAUCUACAAUCAUGACAACAGCCAGCUCAGUGGAGUGUACACCAUCUAUCCUAUAGGAUCCACGUCUGCUGUCCAGGUGUACUGUGACAUGGACUCAGAGGGAGGACGCUGGACGGUGUUCCAGAGGAGGAUGGAUGGCUCGGUGAACUUCUACAGACCCUGGGAUCAAUACAAGACGGGCUUUGGAACUGCUGCUGGAGAGUACUGGCUCGGUCUUGAGAAUAUCUACCACCUGACUCUGAGGACAAAGCACGAGCUGCUGGUGGACAUGGAGGACUUCAGUGGGAACAAAGCGUUUGCUCGUUACACCGAGUUCUCCAUCGAAGCAGAGUCCUUGGGAUACAGACUGAAUGUAUCUGGAUUCAUUGAUGGAGGGGCAGGAGACGCCAUGAAUGUACACAAUGGACAGAAAUUCUCCACCUUGGACAAAGACCAGGACAGCUCGCCCAGCAACUGUGCCAGAGCGUAUUUGGGGGCGUUCUGGUACAGUGCUUGUCAUUAUACAAAUCCAAACGGGGUUUAUCGCUGGGGGGCCGAUGGCACUCUGUAUGCUGUUGGGGUGGAGUGGCAGCAAUGGAAAGGCUACGACUACUCCCUGAAGAGCAUCAGCAUGAAGAUCCGUCCUGUGCAGUAGUCCUCCUGGACUUACCUGCCUCAGAUCUCCAGGACCACAACGUGUGAUCUCUCAGAACCUUCAAACAAGCUCUUAGAUCAGGAGGAAGCAGCUGGUCAUGGUCCAAAGGUUUCCACUUGUUGUAACCCUCAUGGGACUCAUUCUGUGAUGAUAAUAAAAGAGCAGCUCAGCAGA